GAAGAAGAGCUACUAUACCAUAGCCAUACAGCCUGAAAAACCAACAACAACCAGUUGAAUCCGGCCGUGAAAGUCUUCAACAGCACUUUUGAGUGGAAUUUGCCUUGCAGCCCUUAUGGUGGGCCACAGCGCUUCUGUGCUUGUACGUUGUCGAAACGUAACUUGCCCAUUUCUGAGAGAGCCUGGAUAAAGAGAAGGGCGUAGGCUGAGAGGCAGAAGCAGGUUGGGCCCCUCCUGAUCCCCCCUGGUUUGUUUUAGAUCCCUCAUCCUCGAGGAGCUGUGGGGAACUCAGCAGCAGUGGCAGUUGGCUGACGGAUUCCCUGACAGCAGAGUCAGAUCUCAGCACUGGCCCUCCAGGCCUGGGGAAGCCAGCAGGGUGAGGCCAGUCAGGUAAGUAGCCUUUUCCUCCUGCACAGUCAGGCCCGGGUAUAGUAGCAUCAGCAUGGAGGGACUUCCUCUUCUAGUUUUCUUGCAACAGAAGUGACCCUCACUGUGUGUCUUCCAGAAUCCCUCUCCUCUCACCACCCUGAAUGGAAGCUGAGCCAAACAGCACAGCGAGCAAGGUGGAGGGUGUGGUAGAGCCGCUGCUUGGCAUGCAAAAGGCCUCAGGUUCAGUCUCAGCCAAAAGGACGAGGUAUACGCUGCCUCAGAUAAAGAUGUUAGCAUGGUCAGUUGAGAUGCAACGGUUGAGAAAAUUGUAUGCUUCCGCAUUAGAAUAUAGUCCCGAACAAAUACGAGAAUUAUCAUUCAUUUUUACGUGCUGUAAAAACAUUAUUUUGUGCAUUAUUGAACAUGGUACAUUGAUACAAGAGCAUUUAUAGUUAAUUGAACCCCUAUCAUCAAUGUAUGGGGGAGCAGGGCUAGGUAGGCACUAGAACCCAGGCAGAGCAUUCCUACAACAAAGAAGGUCCGGCAUGUUGAAUUCUGUGGUGGAGCAAUAUACAAUCUGCUAACAUCUUUUUGUGAGGCUGAGUAUAGUAGGUAAUAUGCAAGAGCUUUAAGACCCGGGAAAGCCACCUGCUAGUUAGAGUAAAUGAGACUGACUUUGAUAUACCAAAGAUCUAACUCAGGAUAAGGUAGCUGCCUAUGUGGCAAAAGGAAAGUGCUCAGUGGGGUCUUCAGGGUACACGUGCAGCCAUAACUCUCUUCUCUCCAGGCUGACUCAAUUGGGCCCACUUUUUCCCUCUUUUUCUGGGCCUUUCUGCUCGGGAAGAGCAGAUCCUUGGGAUGUGAGGUCUGCCAUGCCAUGACUGACAAUCACCUUUGACUGACUAGGGCUCAUGGGAUUCAGAGUUCUGAGCCUGUCUCCACUAGAAAGGUUGCUUUGUUCAGGAUUCUGCAGCAAGAGAAGGUGCCGUGUCUGGGGAGCAGGUUCAUUCCCUAGUGAAGUGAAGAAUUCGGCCAAAGCUUGCAACAAAGGCUUUGCAGCCUUUACUGUUUCAUUAGUCACUUUACAUUUGCAAAGAUAAGGCGGGGUAAAAAUAUUUUUAAAUAAAUAUUUUUUUAAAAAAAACUGUUUCUGGCUGUGCCCAGACUUGCCUUCCUUCUGUGGCUUUAGCAUUGUGUGUUCUGGGGCAUGGGGCUACCUCCACUGAAAGCGGCAAAGCAAGGAGACGGGAGAAAUAGAUGUCAGAUUCUUCCGUGGUAAUCGUCUCUGUGUGCCCAACUAAAAUAGCCGCCACAACAGCUGUGAGGAAUUGCAUGCGCAAAGGGAUUCUGUACUUCUCUCUGACUUAAAACAUUAUGCUGGCAAGGCAAAAUCACUUUCCUGCAGGAAUUUGCAUAUGCCGGACUUUGCAUUUGAAUUCAGCUGUUACAGGAGGUGGCGCAUGCAGCAGCCUAUUUAAAUGUAACAUGGUGCAGAAGUGCAACCCCCACCCCAGGAAAGAGUUUUUGCCUCAGCAAGCAUCACUCUUAAAUUAAGACUGGGAAAGGGUGGGCCAGCCUCUGUCUGUGAUCCCUGCAGAGUGCUGUGAAGCAGUUACCCAGAGGAAGGAACAGGGGCCAUUGGCUAAAAAGUAAAAGCCAGGUAAGAGAGUCAAGGUGUAUUGUGGGGUUCAGUGAUAGCCAGUGGCAGAAGGUGGGUGGAAGGAGGGCAGGUGAGAUGGUGCGUAGAUGCCAGAACCAGAUGUGAGUUCUGAGAAGUUGGGUGGUCGAGCUGAGAACUGGGAUAAUGCAGGAGGAACUGCUACGGUGGUUUGUGCAGUCUUCUUUUCUCCAGCAAGGUGAUGGGCAAAAAAAAAGCAACCAAGGCAAAACCUCCCCCUUGAGGCCCAUGGUUAAUGUUUUCUUCAGAGCUCUUUGCUAUACGGGGAGGGUGUGAAAGAAUGACAACCAAGGACCACUUAGAGCUCUAAGGGUGCCACAUGAGUGCAGAACAAACGAAACCAUCUUUGCAAUGGAGAUCCUGGGUUGAUGUUUUCCUGUCCAUUCUGACUCCUGGUGAGAAACAAAUGUGAUUCUCUGCAAAGUUUUUGCACCACGGGAGCUAGAGACCUAGUGUAUAAAAUCCGUCUCAAAUUGUGGGCUUAAGAGCUGUGUCCUUUUUUUGCGGGGGGGGGGGGGGGGGAUGAUAUAGUUUCAUCUCUACCAAAUCCCAUGCCUAGGAGUUCAUUUUGAGCAGUCAAAAGCCGCAGUACGAGCUAGGCUGCUUCUGUGUAGUAACAUUUCCCCAUUGUGCACUCAUCAUCACUGGAAGUGCAGGAGUAUUUGCAACACAGCAUUUGAGGGGGGUUCUCAAUGUUUUCCUGAGUAUUUCCUCAUUCCUGCACACAUGUAUUGCACAGAUGUUUUGCAAAGGGCUCGUUGCUUGCUUUAAAAAAAAUGCUACUGGGUGUGUUUCUACAAUCAGUGUGAUGAUAGUAUAUACCGGUAGAUAUUGCAAUAACAAGUUAUUUUUUAAGCCCCCCAAAAGUCUUCUGAUGAUGCCAGGGAGUAGAUGGAGGACACAAAAGGAAAUGGAGGGGAACAGAGGUUUAAAAAUCCACAUGCUGGCCAAACCUACUUUGACUAUGAUCUUCCUGUAAAGAUGGGAAUAAAGUCGCUUUGGGAAGAACUGCAGCAAACCUGGGGAAACCACAGCAGCAGAUAGGAGGAGAAUGUUUGAAGAAUAUAGUGUGGAUGCUCUGAAAAAGAACUUCAGGAUGCUCUGGGCGCCGGGGGGGCGGGGGAAGCCCACUCACACCUUGCUCCUGUUGGAGAGCUAUGGUAGAGUAAAUCCCAUGUAUGGAAGGAGCCUUAUACCCCAUUCCUAACAUGCUUGGACUGAAAUUAAUUUCUGAAAUGGCAUCCCAGGAUUUAGAACAAGGGAGACUCCAUGGUGGCCUGCACAUCGAUAGAGUUAAAGCUGUGUUGUCUGAACAGACACAUACUUGGACGAAAUCUUCAUCCGUCAGUUGUCCUUAAAUGUCAACGCUGAAAGCAUGGAGGAAUUGGAGAAUGGGUUUGCAGGGGCAAUAUGCUAAACUGGUACUCUCCAAGGAUUACCAAAAGUCCUGAAGAAAAAUGCCCUGACCUUUUAAUAUAUGCCUAAUGGAAUGUUAUUUACCAGGUGAUGUGAUUUACCUCUACGCCAGGAAAAGCUUUAGCUGCCAAUUUUCAUGUUGGUGUGGGGUUAGCUCCUGGAAAACUCAGAUUCAAACCCUUGCACAUGCUGUGGAAGCUUGCUGGGUGACCUUUGGCCAGUCAUAGUCUCUCAGACUUACAAGGUAAUUAGGAUAAAAAUGGAGGAAAGGCAAAUGAUGUCAUAAACCACUCUGAGUCCCCAUUGGGGAGGAAGACAGGGUACAGAUGUAUUAAUAUAUUUAAUAAAGCCUAUAGUAGAGGGAAGGAAACCCAUGGUGUAGAAUAGUAAGCUGUAGUACUGCAGUCAGAGCUGUACUCACAAGCUGACAGAAGUUUCAGGUAACUGGUCAAAGUUGCAUCAUUCUUCCAUUAUCCUGAUGCCAUUAAAAUGAAUAUUCAGCUUGCUGGGGGUACAGUGUAGAUGACUGGGGAAGGCAAUGGCAAAACCACCCCAUAAAACAUAGGUCUGCCUUGUAAACAUUGUGAUGUGAUGGGUCAGUAAUGACCUGGGGCUUGCAUGGGGGAUUACCUUCAUCUUUACAGUAGAGGGAACAAGAUAUUUUUCUUCAGGUUUGUUGACAACUCUACUUGUGAUAGGUACAAAUACACUACUUGGUGUAUGUAGAUAGGAUUGCCAACUCUGGGUUCGGAAGUACCUGGUGAUUUGAGGGUGCAACCUAAGAGGGUGAGAUUUAGGGACCUCUGUAGGGUAUGCCAAUCCAUCUCCCAAAGCAGCCAUUUUCUCCAAUCCAUCUUCCAAAGCAGCCAUUUUCUCCAGAGGAAGUGGAAUGAAUGUUUAAGUACUUGAAUAAGCAAUCUAUCUAGUCUGGCAAGCAGCUGUAAUUUUGGUAGAUCCCCAACCCCUAUCUAGUAACUGGCAACUCUAAUUAUAUAAAUUACAUGAAGGUUGAUACAAAAUUAACUUUUGAAGACAUGGACAUAUUAAAAGGUGUGAUUAUAAUAAGAAGUUUUUCAAUGCAUUUCUUUUUCUAAAAGGAUAUUCUAUUUUUAAAAACAACUUUUCUUUUUAAGAGAGGAGUUGAGGGUCUUACAAAUUUACUAAUUCUCUCCAAAGCAUUAAGGCCCCUCCCCUGGCCUCUUAAACCCAGUCAGAUGGCUGAAUGCUGUAUCUCCGUCCGUUUAAAUGCUGUUGCCGCUCCUCUUGCCCCAUAGAGAGAGAGGCAUAAUCUGAAACCGGAAAUAAUGUUCAAGCGCCAUUAAAACCAUCGCCCUUAUGAAGAUAGAAGGCGGCGAUUUACAUGCUACCAUAGAGUAGCAGGGUAACUAGCUGACAGGUCUGGCCGCUCCUAUUCCUUUUUCCCGGAAGAGGCGGUUCUUAAUAGGGAAAGUCCGCUAAAAACAAGGGGUUACAGUCUUAAUGGUUGUUUAAAGCAACUUCGGGAUCCUGAUAGGUGAAAAGGUUUGGGAAACUCAAGCGAAUAUUUUAAGCACAAUCGAAAACAAAUGUUCGAGUUUCACAAAGCUCUUAAUAAGCAAAAUCGUAUUUUCCGACUUACCACGGAGUGACCAGCUGACAUCAAGGAAGCUGGAGGCAUCGGGCCUGUUGGACCCAGAUUCUGUAACGCCACCACCACGCACAUACUUAAGAUUAUCAUUAUCAUUAUUUCAUUAUAUGGUUGCCGUAAGUCACUUUGGGGGCCAAUUUUGUCUGGAAAGCAGGAUUUAAAAAACAUAGUGAAGCUGGACAGCAAUGUUAUUUGCACUGAAGUGGAGAAGCACUGAGUUCCCACCAUUUUUAUUUGCUCAAGAACUUUGGAUACGGUGCGCACAUAUGCUUUUAUGUCCACAUGUACGUUUUCCCGUGCCAUCUGUUGUAAUCUAAUUUUUAAAUCUUAUAAUAUUUAUAUUUUUGUAUUAUUUAUUGUAUCUUUUUGUAUGCUUUUAUUUGUAAGCCGGCCUGAGUCCUUUGGGAGAUUGGCGGGGUAAAAAUGCAAUAAAUAAAUAAAUAAAUUUCCUGGAAUCUAACACGACCUGAAUCUACAUUAUUGUAUAAACACAGAAUCCUAUUAUCGGCUUCCACUCCUCUGGUCCAUUUAGGGAGCAUGUCUAGAAUGGCAAUCGGAAGUGAGAGUUGCAUAGAACUCUUUGUUUACAUAUCUCUUUGAGCGAAAGUCGCUGGAGUUCCAGAUUGGCGGAUGCCAGAGGGGCGGUGCCAAAGGAUCCCGGGCCCGGCGUGACAGCGGGCGCCGCGCUGCGAGCUCGGGUAAGCGAUGGGGCUGCUCAGCAUCCUGAAGAAGAUGCGGCAAAAGGAACGGGAGCUGCGGUUGCUCAUGCUGGGCCUAGACAAUGCUGGCAAAACAACUAUCUUGAAGAAGUUCAACGGGGACGAGAUUGACACCAUCUCACCCACAUUAGGGUUCAAUAUCAAGACACUGGAGCAUCGUGGCUUCAAGUUGAACAUCUGGGAUGUGGGGGGCCAGAAGUCUCUGCGCUCUUACUGGAGGAACUACUUCGAGAGCACGGACGGCCUAAUCUGGGUGGUAGACAGUGCCGAUCGCCAGCGUCUGGAUGACUGCAAGCGGGAACUGCAAAGCCUUCUGGUGGAAGAGCGCUUGGCUGGAGCCACCUUGCUCAUCUUUGCCAAUAAGCAGGACCUGCCAGGGGCUCUGAGUGCCAGUGCCAUUCAGGAGGCUUUGGGCCUCGACAGCAUCCACAGCCACCACUGGUGUAUCCAAGGCUGCAGCGCCUUCACAGGAGAGAAUUUGCUGACAGGCAUUGACUGGCUACUGGAUGAUAUAUCCAACCGGAUAUUCACAGUGGACUGAGCAGUGGUGGGGAAAGGCAUACCCCGCCUCCCCAUGAGCAAGUGUGGCUGGAGAUUCGGACUGCCUUGCCAGGCCUCUAAAAUGGCUGGGCCUGCCCUCUGACCUGGGAUGAGGUCUGACCCUUGGUGACAAAUUUGCCAGACCGAAGUCUGGGGCAGGGACUGUUUUUGCUGAGUGUGGUCCUCUGCUAAGGAGCAAAGGCGGGGACACUGGGGGAAAGUGGCUAUCUUCUCCCUGUGGUCUGUAUGGAGUUUAUAUCUUAAUAAAACUGCUGCUGUGAUUCAAA